AUGAUAUUCAAAAAAUUAUAUCUCUUGAUUUUACUGAAAAUGAUAAACAAAGUAAUUUAAAAUCUUAUAAGUUGCUUUUAAAAUGCCUUUAUGUUAUACUACAAACACUUUUAUAAUGAAUCAGAUAUAAAUAAGAAUUUGAGAUGUAUAGUUUAUUUAUCAUCAUUUGUUUGUGUAAUAGUUUUUUUGAUGUUCAAUCUCAAAUACUAUUUCAAAUAUGUUGAUAAAUCAAUUUAUAAAAUUGAAGUUUACUUGAUUAAUGAUACUAUUUGCUUCAUUAUUUAUUUAUUGAUUUACAUCUAUUAUGCUAUUAAGAAGUUUUCAAAUAGAGUUCAUUUAAAUCAUCUAGAAUCAUUUGAAUCCAGAUUUGAUAUGACAUUUUAUGAUUUAAAUGAUGUUGUUCAAAAUCCUUAUAUAAUAAUGUAUUGAGUAGAGAUUUGUAAAUGGAACAACAAUAAAUAAAAGAGAGGAACCAUAGGGAAAUCAUUAGGAGAUUUUAAUUAUUCCCUGAUAAAUUGAUUAAUUUAGAAGGGAAUGGAGAUUUUGUAAUUUGCAGAGAGGAAUUACUAUAAGAUCAAUAAUUAGUAGGAUUGGAAUGCCAUUCUACUCAUGUUUUCAUAAGGAAUGUCU